AUGCAGGGCAGACAAGCCUCUCACCUCCCUGCAGGGCUAUUGCAGGCUCCUCAGUCAGCAGGAGGUGGUACAAGCCACACCAAUGGUGAUGACAGAGGAAGCUGUGCCCUUUGUUCAGGAGCACCGCGGGUGCUUUCUCGGCCAGCGUUGCUGCUCUCACAGCCACCAGAAAUUGUGAUCAGAGGACACCUGACUGGUCAUGUGCAAGGAGCACUGCUCGUCCUGCCUGCACAGCACUCCACAGCUGGGCUGGAGGAACUCACUCUCUCCGAGGACAGCAAGAGAACAGGAACUGUACGUUUUGAUACUCCCAAAAUGAACCACAGCAGCUGCAAUAUCACAGCCUAUGAAAUAUUCUCAGUUUUCCAGCUGUGUGUUUACAUCCCAGUUCUGGUUUUGGGCAUUGUGCUGAACGUGUUGGCGCUGUGGGUGUUCUGUUACAAACUUGGCAAAUGGACAGAAACCAGAGUGUACAUGGUCAACUUGGCUGUGGCUGACUGCUUGCUGCUCUUCACCUUGCCGUUCAAAACUCUGUCCCAGUUCCAGCGCCUGAAGGUGGGUGGCUGGUGCCUGGUUCUGGAAGGUGGCUAUUUCACAAACCGCUUCAUGAGCAUCGGCAUCAUCACCCUCAUUGCUGCUGACAGGUACCUUGCAAUCAAGUACCCUUUGAGAUCCAAGGCACUCAGGUCUCCACUGAUGGCAGCUUUUGCCUCUGGAGUCCUCUGGACAGUCAUCAUCUGUGAGACUUCUCUCAUUAAAAGCUUUGAGGACCGAAGAGAAGACGAUUUUUGCUUUGAAAAAUCUUCUGUGACACCCUCGGUGAUCACACUGUGUACCAUUAUUGCGGGGUUUUUCAUACCGCUGCUCAUCUUGAGUUACUGCUCCAUAAAAAUCAUUGCAGAGCUCAGGAGGAAGAAGACUGACAACUGUUGCAAUGAAAUGCUGACCAGGAAAGCUGUCUACAUUGUGUCUGCAAACAUGGCUGUGUUCAUCAUCUGCUUUUUACCUCUUUAUCUCGGGCAUCUGCUCCGCUUCGUCCUGGACUCCGUCAGCUCCGACUGCUCGGCAAUACAGAGCGUCAACAACUUCGUGCACUUCGCCUCCAUCCUGGCCAACACAAACUGCUGCCUGGAUGCCAUUUGUUACUACUUUGUCAACCAGGAAUUUAAGGAAGCAUCUCCCAAGCUAGCAAAGUCCAAAUCUGAGGCCGGUGAAGGAGCUGAAAUUCAGCUCUCACUUGUAACACGUUAA